AUGGUCCUAAUCACUUCCGACAAAAAAGAAGAAGAAGAAUUCAAUUCCGAAAUUCGCAGGGAUUUUGGUUUCCACAAUUAUGUUCGAUUUUUUGCGCAGUUGAUCUAUAUUAUUUCCAAGAUAUUGGAAAAGGAGAGUCCAUUAAGUAGGGGUUUUUUGUGUUUUACUCUGAUCAGAUUGGCGCUUGACCUGGCUCGCGUUCCCUAUGUUGAUCAUACGAUUCAGCUAGCCGAUUGGCCCAGUAUAAAAUCCAAAGGAUUGGCGGAGGGCUCUCUUCCUUUUGGACAAUUGCCCUUAUUAAAAAUUAACGGUUUGAAUCUGAUCCAAUCGACGUCUAUUCUUCGCUACUUAUCGCGGAAGUACAUCUCUCCGGAAGCCGAUGAAGCAUUACAAGCUACGAUUGAUAUGAUGAUCGAGGGAUGGGAUGAUGUGCUCUCUGGCUAUUUUGACCAUUUGUUUAGUUCUCCGGGUGUUCUGAAGUCCUGGCUAUAUAAUGAAUGUGAUACUUUGCUCGAUCGGUUGGAACAUUACUAUCGCUUGCAUAAAGUAUUUUAUAUUUUUGGUUCUGGGAACGAGGUAUAG